AUGAUUCCCGAAAUUGUUGCGUACUACAUUUUUAACAUCUACUCCUGCAUAGCUGCAGUGAUCGUGGGUGGAACAACGACAGCUGUGGUUGUCAUCAAGUUGUACUACCCGCGGUAUGAUGUCUUCUACAUCAGUUCACAGAGUAGGAAAGGCGUUGAAGAUCAUUCCGCCAAAGCUACAGCAAAUCGUACACGUUUUAAGUGUACAAGUCUACAAUUGUAUARYCCAAAUUGGAGUAAAAUCCAGGAAUUAUGGCGUUUGCCYAAACCGCCACGCCUUACAUAUGGUUUCCAAGGAUACYUUUAUAACAGAGUUGCCAACUUGAAAAUGACAAAGCACAUCGAAGCCAAGCGAACAACUGCAUUGGCGGUCGUGACAAGACAGCCCGUUGACAGCAGUCUUUUGGCGGCGUGUGUUCUUCCUGGUCUUUUUUUGCUGGUCUUCAUCAUGGUUGUAAUAAUCAAAUGCCGAAGAGCAAAAAAACUACGAGCAUGUGUCAAGGAAGCGACGGCAAGCGUCACGGCCAUUCACAGCCAAAUUGUCGCCAUUGAGCAACAAAUUUCAAAGAAGAUGCCGUCCUUGAAGAAAGACGAAGCACCAAAAAAGCUUCAAGUACCACCAGUUGAUCGAGAACCAUCCGCUAAAGGGAAGGAGAUAGUCCCAUGGGUACCACCACACCUACUGCUUCUCAAAGGCACUGAAAGCCGCAAAACUGCC